AUGUACCUGGGCCUGUGGUCAUACGACAUGGAGCCGGAUCCCUGUCCUACAGCACAAGAGAAGAACUCUGUUCAAUUGUGCCCUGGGUUGGAAAAUGUCCAUACAGCAUCGUCCCGGAAUCUGAUGGUAAAUGCCGCGAUUUCCGAGAUACAAAGAGCCAGGUUCCGGAGCGUGAUGGUUAUGGCGAUGGUGGGGCAAGCGGACUAA